UCUAACAUAGGCCAUCCAAAAUUCAUUACAUAGGAAGAAGCGAUACCAAGAAAUACAUAAUAUAAAUAUUUAAAGUUAUUUUUAAUUUUGUUGAAUGAUAUAAGCAAUAUUUUUUAUAUCGUAAAUCAAGAUCGAGCAAAUUUGAAGGAAACAAAUGUUUUAGUACUGGUUGGGAGAGAAAUAAAUCAAAUGAUUUUUCACAUACAUUUAAAAAGUUGAAAAUAUUGAAAAUUAAAUAUUGAAGAAAUUUACAUAUUGCAUAAAUAUACGGCCUUAGCAAAUCUUAGAUUUAUGGCAUUUUUUAAUUUUGAAUGAAAGUGUCAGUUUUAUGUAUAUAAACAACUACGGGUACUUCAUCCUAGCAUGAAAAUAGACAAAGCUGUUGCAUGGUAUCAAAAAAAAAUUGGAACUUACGAUAAGGAACAAUGGGAGAAAACUGUUGAACAAAAAAUAUUAAAUGGAAUUAAAAAUUUAACGUUAAAAAAUGCGAAGCCAAAAACUGAAUUUAUUGACGUUGAUCUUGUAAGAGGUUCCACAUUUCCAAAGGCCAAGCCAAAACAGACAUUAUUAACCGUUGUAAGAUUGGCGAUUUUAAGAUAUUUUUUUCUCCCAUUAUAUGCAAAAUGGUGGAUUUUACAAACUUCACCACAAAUUUUCCUUGUUUUACUAAUAUUAUAUAUAACUCAACUAAUAAGUUGGACUGCUUAUAGCUUUAGUUUUCGGCAUAAUAACAGUAAAAAUUUUGAUUACUCGUAUCCCACGGCGGAGAUAGUUAUACCUAUAUUAUUAGGCUUAACACUAAGUUUAAUUCACUCCCAAAUAGUUGCUACAAGUUCAACCAAUACUAAUACUAGAGCUAGAAGGAAACUUUCUUUUAACUCCUUUGGAAACAAAAGUAAGGAUACGAUAAAGAGGAGAAAGAAAUUAUCAAAAACUCGUCCAACAGAUUUGGGAAACAUUCAAAUAAACAAACUUUCUAACAGGCCAUGCUUAAUAAAUCAAAUUAAAUGCGAUAAUAUUCCGAAUCUAGAUCAUAUUGAUUCAAAGCAAAAUCUUGAAAGUAAGGAAAGAAACAUACAAGAAUCAUUAAAAGUAGAAGAUAAAAAUAUUAUUAACGUUAGUCCAAAAAAGCGUAAUGUGUAUUGGGAUUCCCCAGUUCACAAUUAUGUCGUUGAAUCUAGUCUCAACCCACUUGAAAUAGAAUUGAAUAUGACCAAGAUUGAGCAAUCUGAAAGCAUAGAAGAAACAGUUAAAAAUUUUUUGGACGAUUUAAUUUCAAAAAUAAACCAUUCUGAAAUUCGUUCGACCAUUAAACAAAAAUAUGUCGAUGAUGACGGUUUCGAAAGUUUAAAUGGAAAAAGUUCGAGUGGAGAAGAAAUGCAAAACCAAAUGAAACGUAGCAUCUCUAAAAUAUGCAAAGAAUUCGUAAAUCAACAUCAUGGCCUGAGUGAUAUGCAUGUGGUAGAUAACUUAUCCAUUUUGCGCAAUAGAAAAAACCGUUUUUCAUCAGAAUCAGACAUGGAACAUAAGUUGGAAAGUAAACUUGGAAAUAAAUUUGGAACAUUUAAAGUUAUAGAUAAAGCAAAGAAUCCGAAAAAACAUGACGAAAGCAGCGAAAUGGACGAGGAAGAUGAUGAUGAAGAUAAAAACUUGCGUAAGAGAACUUUUGAUAUAAAUAGUACUGAAUGUACAACAUCUGCAACAGAGUGGCUUGGGAUAACUACCAACAGUGAUGAGUGCAGUUACAGCUCGGAAUUCGAAAAUGGGGACGGAAAUAGCUGGCAACAAGAAAAUACGCCUAGUAUUAUAUUGAAUUCUGGUGGAUCCAGUGAUAAGAUUAGUUGCACUAUUUGGGACGAUUUGGAAAUGAAAAAGGCUGAAAUGACCGUGUUAGACAUCUCCACUAGUAUAAUUGAAAAAGUAGAAGCAAUGCCAGAAACUUGUGAUUAUAUUUAUAUUGGAUGUGCAUUUUCAUUAUUACUUUCUUUAGCACCAACUUUAUGUCGUUUAUGUGAGAUAACUAUUGACGAAGAAAAUUUUGCGGAAAUAAAUUACUUGGAAAUUCCCCAAUUGUUACUAGAAAAAGCGUCUUUUUCAAUAGUCACGCUCUUAUGUUUCGCAUUUGGAAAUACUAAAUGGGAAAAAACGGUCUUAAUAUUAGGAUUUCUACAAAGAUUUUGUUUGAAUUUUCUACUGUUUUUCCUAUUUGCAGUAGCAGAGAGAACUUUUAAACAAAGGUUCUUAUAUGCAAAACUUUUUUCGCAUUUGACAUCAUCACGCAGAGCGCAAAAAUCGAAUUUACCGCAUUUCAGAUUAAACAAAGUUCGAAACAUAAAAGCUUGGUUAAGUGUUAGAGCUUAUUUAAAGAGACGCGGCCCUCAAAGAUCUAUUGAUGUUAUUGUUUCUGCAGCGUUCAUGAUAACGCUCUUGUUGCUAGCAUUUUUAAGUGUGGAAUGGUUAAAGGAGUCCGUGACCUUUCACUCUCAAUUUACAUUAGAAGCACUACUGUGGUCGUCUGCUUUAGGAAUCUAUUUAUUAAGAUUCAUGACUCUGGGAAAUAAGAUCAAUAGAAAAUAUCGCAGCGUUUCAGUUUUAAUAACUGAGCAAAUAAAUUUAUAUCUCCAGAUUGAGCAAAAGCCAAACAAGAAAGAAGAACUUAUGGUAUCAAAUAGCGUUUUGAAGCUUGCUGCUGAUUUAUUGAAAGAACUGGAAUCGCCUUUUAAAAUAUCAGGCCUAAGUGCAAAUCCGUACCUGUAUACAACAAUAAAAGUAGUCAUUUUAUCAGCUCUUUCCGGAGUUCUUAGUGAAAUGUUUGGUUUUAAAUUAAAAUUACAUAAAAUCAAAAUCAAAUGAAUUAUUUUUUAAGCUAUAUUUUCAAGGUUAGAAGUGUAAAAAAUUAUUGUGAUAACUUUGAAAAAUUCUUUAUAUUUUCUUAUUUAGUGUUAUCUAUAAAGAAUGUAAUGAACUUAGCCAUAUAAUUUAAAUAGAUAUUCUUUUAGAUGCAACUAAA